AUGAAGAAUACGGGAUAUUUUGAUGAAGUAGAUGAAACAGAUGAAGAGAAUGAAGAUGAAGAGGAUGAAGAUGGUGAUAGAAACGAAGUAGGAGAUGGAAAGGAGAAUGAAAGUGAUGAUGAGAACGAAAAUGAAGAGGACGAGGAAAGAGAAAAUAAUGAAGACGAAAAUGAAGAGGAGGAAAGCAAAGAGAAGGAAAGCGAAGAGGAGGAAAGCGAAGAGGAGGAAAGUGAAGAGGAGGAAAGCAAAGAGGAGGAAAGCGAAGAGGAGGAAAGUAAAUAUGGUGAUA